GCGUACAUAAUGGUACAUAUGCACAACACAGACAGCCCGACUGAGAGAAGCAGACUCGUUUGGAAACAACGACCUAACUGCCGGGUCACCUCGCUGUCACGCCAUCACAGCUGCAACGGGCCCAGAACGUGGUCGGUAACCGAGCCAAGGCUAGCAGGCGCUGAAUAACUCGGGGGAGCAGACACAUCAACUCUCGGGCGUGCUUUACCAAACUAACCAGACAUUAGCAAGUGAUGAGCAGGGGCCUCUUUCUUCUGGAUGCCCCGUUAAGGUUACCGACAGGGCACGCCGCCUAACAGCACCACGAGCCUCUGCUUCCGCCUCUGAGCUCUCUGACAGCACCUUAAGGACCCGGGCUCUGCCGUUUGUUUGGACCGAAACUUCAUGCUAGCCUCGCGCCAGGUGCAUACACUAGCUAGUUAGCUAACGCUCGGCGUGCAAGUUCAUAUAAGACACACCAGCAGCCGUCAGUUCACACCUCCAGCCUGUCUGUGCGAUGGGGUUACUGUCACAGGGGUCGCCACUGAACUGGGACGAAACCAAGAAGUAUGCUGACCACAUCCGAAAGCACGGCAUCAUUCAGUUCCUCAACAUCUACAACAAGCUGAAGGAGCGUCAGAAAGAUGUGUUGAAAUGGGGCGAUGAGGUUGAGUACAUGUUGGUGGAACUGGAUGACAAGGAUGAAAAGGUUCGACUCGUCCUGAACGGCAAAGAUGUUUUGGAAACUCUUCAAGACCAGGGUGAAAAGAUAGACCCCAAUCACCCCACACUUUGGAGACCAGAGUAUGGCAGCUACAUGAUCGAAGGAACUCCAGGGCAGCCGUACGGCGGGACGAUGUCAGAGUUCAACACUGUGGAGGGCAACAUGGGGAAGAGACGACGAGAGGCCUCAUCUGUGCUCAACCAGAAUGAAACCCUCUGCACCAUCACCUCAUUUCCAAGGUUAGGUUGCCCAGGUUUCACCAAACCAGAGCACCGGCCGACCCCUGUUGAAAAGGGAGUGUCAAAGUCUCUGUUUUUCCCAGAUGAAGCCAUCAACAGACACCCAAGAUUCAGCACCCUUACCAGAAACAUACGUCACAGAAGAGGAGAGAAAGUCGUGAUUAAUGUGCCAAUCUUCAAAGACCAGUGCACCCCAUCUCCAUUUGUGGAAGAGUUUCCUGAGGACGAUGGUGAAGCAGCGAGGGCGGCUCUGCCUGAUCAUAUCUACAUGGACGCCAUGGGCUUCGGCAUGGGCAACUGCUGCCUGCAGGUGACAUUCCAAGCGUGUAGCAUUGAUGAGGCAAGAUAUCUUUAUGACCAACUAGCAACAUUCUGCCCUAUAGUGAUGGCGUUGAGUGCAGCUGCGCCGUUCUACAGAGGCUUUGUGUCAGAUAAUGACUGUCGCUGGGGAGUUAUUUCUGCCUCGGUGGACGACAGGACACAGGAGGAACGCGGGCUCAAGCCUUUGAAUAACAGCAAAUACAGGAUCUUCAAGUCAAGAUACGAUUCCAUUGACAGCUACCUGUCUAGCUGUGGUGAGAAGUACAAUGACAUUGAUCUGACGAUAGACGAGGAGAUCUACAAGCAGCUGCUCGACGCAGGCAUUGACAAGCUGCUGGCCCAACACAUAGCACACCUCUUCAUCCGAGAUCCACUCUCCGUCUUUGAGGAGAAGAUCCACUUGGAUGACGAAAACGAGUCGGAUCACUUUGAAAACCUCCAGUCGACCAACUGGCAGACGAUGAGGUUUAAACCUCCACCUCCGAACUCCGAUAUCGGCUGGAGAGUGGAGUUCCGCCCCAUGGAGGUGCAGCUAACUGACUUUGAAAACGCUGCGUAUGUGGUCUUUGUCGUCCUGCUCACCAGAGUGAUCUUGUCCUAUAAACUAGACUUUCUGAUCCCUCUGUCAAAGGUUGAUGAAAACAUGAAGGUCGCACAGAAGAGAAACUCUGUCCUGGAGGGCAUGUUUUACUUCCGGAAGGACAUCUUCAAAGGCUGCAACCCGGGCCUCGAUGGCACAGCCACGGCUGAGAACGGCUUGGAGACUGACGGUGCUAAUGAGGAGUGCACGCUGAUGAGCAUCGACACCAUCAUCAAUGGAAAGGAGGGAGUAUUUCAAGGGCUUAUCCCCAUCCUUAACUGCUAUCUGGAAAACAUGGAAGUGGAUGUGGACACCAGGUGCACCAUUUUGAACUAUCUGAAGCUCAUCAAGAAGCGUGCCUCAGGCGAACUGAUGACCAUGGCCAAGUGGAUGAGAGAAUUUGUUGCCAAGCACCCGCAGUAUAAGAAGGACAGCGUCCUCACUGACAAGAUUAACUACGAUCUGUUUAGCAAGUGCGACAAGAUUGCGAAGGGCGAAGAGCAGUGCCCGGAACUCAUUGGAAACCCGGUGAACAGGUUCAAAUGAGAAACGCUGCGGAAAUGCACCGUCGUUAUACAAACUCGCAUGUAAAGAAAGACCAAAUGUGUGACUCAGAGCGAAAGCGGUCCAAUUUUAAGUGAAUGCAAAACUGCAUGCGUGUGUUUUAAGAAACACGCCUGCAUCAAAUGUAUGUGUAUAUAUACUGUAUCAGAUUUUUAUGAUUACAGAAUUAUUUUAAUAGGGUUAAGACAUGCUAAAGGUUGUGUAAUAGAAAUCAGAUGUGUAUUUAUUUUUCUCUGGAAAUUAAGCCUAUCUGUGUGAGAAUGUAAAUGUAGCAAAGAGUUGUACAGUAGUCUGCUUUUAAUCUUGUGUUCUAUAAAUACUGCACUUGCUUUUCUUUUGAGACAUUAACAUCAUGGGCCUUUUUUUAAUUCUGGAUAUGAACUUUCUUGGCUUUUAGGGUGACUUUUUUUUUUCUUUUUGCAUUUUAAGAGAAGUGUUUGCUUUGCUCUGACAUUGUAGUGGGACCUUUUUGAAAGUAGUUUUGCACUCAAGUGGAAAAGAGUGAACCAUUGUGAUGCUGCUUCUAAAUAAAUCUACACAACAC